CUACAUUUUAGUACAAAGUUAUAGAGGCUAUAUCCAUACCAUUCUCUCGAUUUUCAGUUCUUAAUGGAUUCCUACCGUAACAUGACAUGUAUACUGAAAGUGGAUACCCAAACUUCUGGUUGGGAGAAGUCCGUAACAAAAGUGAUUAAGCGAAUCAAAGAUGUAAACAAAAUAUUGAUCGACAUAACAAAAGCUGGGAAACACGCUGAACUCCUUGCUGCCGAUAUCGGUGGUAGCAGCAGUGGAGGUCGACACAAUCACAGUCGCGGACACGGGUCUAAUCCUUACAGAUCCAAUAGUGUUUUAACACUACCUGGACUAGAACAAAGGCAACAUAAGAAACACCAACGUCCCUAUGAUACAAAUAACAGAUGUGUUAUUUUGUGAUCAAUUAAUUAGAAUAAGUUAUAACAUUAUAGUUUAUUUGAAUAUUUGCUUUCUGCAUUUUUUUAUUUCGUACUCCGGAUCUUUUUUUAGUAUGAUCUUUUAUUUUAUUUCCCCGUUUUAGGGAAAUUUAGUUAGAGAUCCCUUAUAUUUUCGAUUUGGGGAUUUUUUUAGUUUGGAUGUUGGACUACUAAUUUUGUGAUAAUAAUAUAACUACG